AUAUUCACUGGCAUUAGCAAGUUAUGUUUCGGGGUAUUUCUUUAAUGAUUAUUGCUUGUACAUGACAAUUAAAUUAAGCUAAAUUAACAGUAAACAGUGCAUUUUGAUUACCCAUAUAAAACACAUAUCAUCAUGAUACAAUAUCGUCCCUCAAGCAGACUUUUGCAGGUCUUCAGUAACGACUCAUCCUUUUUCAUUUCUCCCGGUCAGCCUGAUUUACCCAGCGCGAUACUUCCAUUUCUCUCAUUUAAUUUAUAAAGUAUUUCACAUUGGCCACAUACAAUUUCCAGAAGAAAAUGCUUUCCAUUUUGCUUUUACGUGUAUUAUUACUGGUGUAAAUGUCCUCUUAGCAGAUGUCUGUUCUGGUCAGAAAAGAAUGCAACUAGUCUAUACAGCAUCUAGAUGCACUGUGCAGGACUGAGGGUUCAUUUGAAAGCAAUCAAGGUUGUCCUUAAGAUUUAUGUACUUCAGGAUAGAGAGAGUCACACUCACAGCCUGCUUUGUAUGGUAAGAUCCGGUUACGCGACAGGACCUCGGCGAGGAAUGCAGGAAUCAAGAGUAUCUCUGCACAAUCAUGAAACACAACGAGGCAGCCCCUCUGUAGAAAACGGUGGGGCAUUCUUUUUUGUGGCUUCUAUUGAACUGUUACACCUGAAGUCAAGCAUCUUCAAACUUUGCGUCCCUAGACUGUCCGAAUGAAGAAGGCGUGGGUCCAGAUAUGACUGCGUCUACAAAACAAGUUACCUUCAGAAAGGGAGCUAUGUGCUGCCCUCUGGUGGUUAUGUGAUGCAACGGCAUGAGAACUCUUUCUCGGCGGGUAAAGAUCACAGAGUAGUGGUGUGGCUAUGAUUCAGAGCUGAUACUGGGUAUCUCUCGGAAACAUUGGGAAAGUGUAAAAAUAAGCCAGAUUCACUGUUAAUAGCUUUUAUUACAUGGAAAAACAUCUGUUUUAAAUAUAUAUUUUUUAAGUAUCGAACAGGUUUUAAGUGUAGAUAAACCUGUAAAGGUGUAGGCUAAGUGUUAACACUGGCAGUAUGCCUGACAGUAUUAUUGGCUUUAAUGUGCAGUGUGUUGAUGUUCAGUGUGUUAAUGUGUUAAGCUCCCUGUUGUCCCAGACCAUGGUACAAGCAUCGUUCCCGCAAUCAGCGGCUCCCCUGAGACCCUUCCCCCCAGUUAAUGCGCAGCCAGCCCUUUCGGUGUAACCUCGCCCAGAAGCUGCUGGUUAUCUCCUCCUGGAAAUGCCUCUUAAGCCCCCUCUGUCCCUGGCGUUCUUAAUGAUGUGAAGGAAGCCCGCCAGCUCUCUCCCAGGACAGCUACAAGCUGCAGGACGCACGCCCGGCCGCCGAGGGGAACCGAACCCACCUCCGCCGACUGCCGCGGUCCCGGGAAGCCAUGAAGCGGGAUGCCCGCCCAUGGACACUGAUUCUGCAGAGCUUCUGCCAGAUUCUUCUGUGCCAGAUGGUGAUAAAUAUCAACCAGCAAACAGUGAAAGCAGGCAGCUCAUGCCUCGGAGGUGAGGAUAUCUUCGCAGCGGUCAGGGAAAACAGCCCAGACGGACAGUUCAUAGCCAAUCUCAGCAUCGCUGGUGACCCCAGGCCCAGCGGCAUUCGCUUGGCUCUCAGCGGAGACAGUGCCGACUGGUUCUCCCUGGAAGGGAAUACCAUCAGGCUCAACGCAUCUUUCUCGAGGGCUCUGGAUCGAGAGGUUCAUGGAUCAGUUCUAAUGGCGGUUUUGUCCUGCUAUGAAGGAGAAACCAUACAGAGUGAAUACAGGAUCAUGGCGGAGAUCCUCAAUGAAAAUGACAACAAGCCAGUAUUCAUGGAAGAGACUGUCCAGCCUGUGGCCGUCAGUGAGUUGGCUGCUGUGAACUCUGUGGUGUUUGUUGUGAAGGCGGUCGAUGCAGAUGAGGACACCAUCGUAUAUGUCAUUGACAGGUCUUUGCCAGACUCCAGCUACUUUAGGAUAGACCUCCCCAACAGCGGUGACGUGAUCUUAUCCAAGCACCUGGACUACGAGACCAAGACCCAGAUGCAAUUGGCCAUUUACGCCGUGGAGAUGAACACCCCAGAAAAGUAUAACACUUCAGCGACCAUCAUGAUCAAUGUGCUGGAUGGAGAUGACCAGUACCCACAAUUCCAGCCAUGUGUACCCCUAACCCAGGAUGCCGUGCACCCCAUCUGCACCAACCCCAUCUACACUGUUAACGUGACGGAGGCACAUCAGAACAUCACCCUGCCUUUUUCUCCUGGUCGAAUUCGUGCUGUGGAUGGAGACAGAGGACUGGAUGCACCCCUGCUGUACACAAUUCUGUCAGGUGCUGACGAUGGCUGCUUUCACAUUGAUAACCAAAGUGGAGAAGUAACCAUGUCUAGACUGGCAGAGCACAGACUCCUGAUGCCAACGUUCCAGCUUCAGGUCAUGGCCUCUCAGGUCGAUGACCCCAGGAAGUACACCAUCACCUCGGCAGUGGUCCGCGUUUUGGCCCAGAACCACUUUGCCCCGCAGUUCAACAGCAGCACCUAUGUCGGCUUCGUCCCACAGAGCCGCGAAUCGUCAAUGCUCGUCUCCACCCACGGAAACCAGGCAUUGCUGCUCCAAGCCAUCGAUCGCGACUUCCAAGAUGGAAUAAAUCCCAAGGUUCACUAUUCUUUGUGGCCAAAGUCAAACAACACAAGAUUGUAUCAUAUGACACAGGAAGGCUAUGUCAUCGCCAAGGGCAACCUACUCCCAGCUUCGGAGAAAGUUUUCCUUGAGGUGAUCGCCACAGACCAGGAGUCGGGGGAAGUUGCUAGGGCAACAGUGGAGAUCGUGGCUCUCCAGAGAGGUGAGCGAGCUCCUUGGAGCCUCUUUGGGGGGCAGAAGCGUUACACUCUGCAUGUGGACGUGGUGCUGGCUGGCGGGAUCAUGGCAGCGGUGUUGCUGCUGCUGCUGGUCACACUGAUGUUUCUGCUGCUCUGGUUGGUGAGGCGUUGGAGGCAGCAGCAGGACGUGGCUGCCAAAGACUCCGUGGCACAGGGGAAGCACCGUAACGUGAGCUUAAGGUGGUUCCAGCUGGUAACUUCUGGAAGGCCAACACCUUACAUAGAGGAAAUCUCCUUUUGCAACGAAGCGUAUGAGGACUGUGAAUCCUCAGGCUCCGUGGGACGCGGUCUCCACAGGAAAAAGCCCGGCAUCCUGUGCAGAAAGACCCAGAGAAACCACAGCGACAGCACCGACCUGCUAAGAGACAGUCAGUCCCUGUGUGUGACAGCAGAACCACUACCCAUACACGUGCCUCCAUCAAUCAUGUCCAAUGGGAAAACAGCAGACAGGUCGAGCAAAUCGGUGUCAUUUGUGGACGAUGUCACGCUGAGGCAAAUAGGGACAGUAGAAAAUUCAAGGAACAGGAGUUUGGAGGUUCAGACGGUAGAGUCGAUGUUUUUAGGUGAGAUCCCGCAAGCGCUGUGCGAAACAGAAGAGGGAGAUCGAUCUGAUGAAGAGAGGGAAGCCAAAAAUCUGUACCGGAUAGUGUAUCCUGUCAUUGACAAGGAAGAGGCGACACCUGGGGAAACUGAGAACCUCUGCAGUUACAAGCAUGACCAGCGGGGGGACGUGGCCCUGGAGGGCUGCCCCGAAGCUUGAAGAGGCAGCAGCGAUCAAAAUCCAGUCCCGAACACUCAGAUGGUGCAGCUCGCCCAGGAGGCUGCGGUUUCUCAUUAAGGCUGAUGAAGGAAAGCCAAAACAGUACAGAAACAACAAUUCUCAUUCCAAUAUAAGUCAAGGUUUUCAAUACCGAUCUAAACAAUGUACAUCUUCAGGAACUAUGAAUCUGUAUGUCAAAUUGUAAACAAUGUGGAAAAGGUCUGCAUUUUUCAUACAUUCUGUACAUUUUUAUAAUUAUUGGUACUUUCAUAUUUUGCCACAUCUUGCUCUAGAAGGUAAAUAUAUGAGUGGCAUAGAUUAAUAGUUUAACUGAUCCCUAUACAAUAAAACUUUCCAUAAGGGGAAUUAUA